CGGCAAGGAUGAGGAGCAAGUACGCCGUGCUGCUCGCCUGCGUCGUGGGCCUCGUCGUCAUCGGCAGGGAGAACAACUUCCUCGCCAGGGUGUCGGAGCGGCUGAGGCCGGCGCCGGCGGCGGAGGCCAACGGCACGGAGGCGAGCGCCGCGGCGGAGAACGGCUCGCUGGCGUCGCUGCGCGAGCUGGACGGCGCCUUGNCGGCGCCCGCGCCGCGGCGCCACGUGCUCCUCAUGGCCACCACGCGCACGGGCUCCUCCUUCGUGGGCGAGUUCUUCAACCAGCAGGGCAACAUCUUCUACCUCUUCGAGCCGCUGUGGCACAUCGAGCGCACGGUGAGCUUCGAGGCGGGCGGCGCCAGCGCCGCCGGCUCGGCGCUCGUCUACCGCGACGUGCUCAAGCAGCUCUUCCUGUGCGACCUCUACGUGCUGGAGAGCUUCAUCUCGCCGCCGCCCGAGGGCCACCUCACGCCCUUCAUGUUCCGCCGCGGCUCGAGCCGCUCGCUCUGCGAGGAGCCCGUGUGCACGCCCGCCGCCGACAAGGUCUUCGAGAAGUACCACUGCAAGGAGCGGCGCUGCGGGCCGCUCAACGUGACGCUGGCGGCCGAGGCGUGCCGCCGCAAGGAGCACCUGGCGCUCAAGACGGUGCGCGUGCGGCAGCUGGAGUUCCUGCGGCCGCUCGUGGAGGACCCGCGCCUCGACGUGCGCAUCAUCCAGCUGGUGCGCGACCCGCGCGCCGUGCUYGCCUCGCGCAUGGUGGCCUUCGCCGGCAAGUACGAGCCCUGGAAGCGCUGGGCGGCCGAGGCGGCGGCGCCGCUGCGCGCCGACGAGGUGCAGCGGCUGCGCGGCCACUGCGAGAGCGUGCGGCUCUCGGCCGAGCUGGGGCUGCGGCGCCCGGCCUGGCUGCGCGGCCGCUACAUGCUCGUGCGCUACGAGGACGUGGCGCGGGCGCCGCUGCGCACGGCGCGCGCCAUGUACCGCUUCGCCGGCAUCCGCCUCACGCCGCAGGUGGAGCGCUGGAUCGGCGCCAACACGCGGGCGCCGCGCGACGCCAGCGGCGUCUACUCCACGCGCAAGAACUCCUCGGAGCAGCCGGACAAGUGGCGCUUCAGCAUGCCCUUCAAGCUGGCGCGCGUGGUGCAGGACGCGUGCGCGCCCGCCAUGCGCCUCUUCGGCUACAAGCUGGCGCCCAGCGCCGCCGCGCUCGCCAACCGCUCGCUCAGCCUGCUCGAGGAGGCGCCCGACGCCUGGCUCGCGUAG